UAUUGUACAUGAAGGCAUUUGAGUUGUUUGUAACUCUGUGAACGAUUUCCAUCACACUCUCUCCACUUGUAUAAACCACGGUUCACCUCAGUGCUGUUGCAUUCUAAAUCCCUUUCUAAUAUUGAUCCCCGUUCCUCCCUUGGCCACACUCAUCCACCAUGGCACCCGCUCAGAAGCAACCAUGCUACGUGCUCGGCGUGGGCAUGACCAAGUUCAUCAAGCCGAGAGGGAAGGUUGACUACACAGAAUUGGGGUUUGAGGCCGGCGUCAAGGCGAUGCUUGAUGCUCAAAUCACAUAUGACGAUGUCGAGCAAGGAGUGGCAUGCUACUGCUACGGCGACUCGACUUGCGGCCAGCGAGUCUUCUACCAGUUCGGCAUGACCCAGAUCCCCAUCUACAACGUCAACAACAACUGCUCGACUGGUUCGACAGGGCUGCAGAUGGCGCGGAACACCAUUUCCUAUGGCGGCGCCGACUGCAUCCUGGUAGUCGGGUUUGAGAAGAUGAUGCGAGGUAGUCUACAGACCUUCUUCAAUGAUCGAGAGAACCCUACCGGAACGACGGGCAAGAUGAUGGCCGAGACGAGAGGUAUCACAAACUCCCCCGCCGCUGCUCAGAUGUUUGGCAAUGCCGGCCGCGAGUACAUGGAGAAGUACGGGGCCAAGGCAGAAGACUUUGCCGAGAUUGCGCGGAUCAACCACGCGCACUCGGUCAAGAACCCGUACUCGCAGUUCCACGACGUCUACUCGCUGGAGCAGAUCCUCCAGUCGACCAUGAUCCACGAGCCGCUCACCAAGCUGCAGUGCUGCCCGACGUCGGACGGCGGCGCGGCGGCGGUGCUGGUCUCGCAGGCCUUCCUGGACGCGCGCCCUCACCUCAAGGACCAGGCCGUGCUGAUCGCUGGCCAGUGCCUGGCGACGGACGCCCCGAGCCUGUUCUCCCGCAGCGCCAUCGACCUGAUGGGCUACGAGAUGACACAGCGGGCGGCCCAGACGGCCAUGACCGAGGCGGGCCUCACGCCGCGCGACUUCCAGGUGUGUGAGCUGCACGACUGCUUCAGCGCCAACGAGAUGGUGGUCAUCGACGCGCUGGGCCUGAGCGAGAAGGGCAAGGCGCACGAGAUGGUGCGCAAGGGCGACAUUACGUACGGCGGCAAGGUAGUCAUCAACCCCUCGGGCGGCCUCAUCUCAAAGGGCCACCCGCUCGGCGCCACGGGCAUCGCCCAGUGUGCCGAGCUGGUCUGGCACCUGCGCGGCUGGGCCAACAACCGCGCCGUGCCGCACACCAAGUGGGCCCUGCAGCACAACCUCGGCCUCGGCGGUGCCGCCGUCGUCACCGUGUACGGGCGGGCCGACGGGAAGGAGGCGCCGACGGUGGACUCGGCCGCUGUGGGCAGGGCCAACCGGCUCGGGUACAACCCGGCAGUCGAGGCAAAGGGCUUCACGCUCGCCCAGGCGAAUGCCGUGAGGAGUAAGGAUAAGGUCAGCGACUGGGCCCUGCAGGAUACGAUGGACAAGGUUCAGGCCCGGUUUUGAGAUACGCCGGCGGACAAGGACUAGGUUUGUUGGGAUGUGUUUGGCUGGGUAAUGGCAUGCCUAUUUCUAUGUAUUGUUUUAGCACCACAACACAGAUAUCAAGUGACGGAUGGACCCUGGAGUGAUCGUGUUCCGAAAGCCUAGUUGGUCCCCUUCUUUGGAUCCCGGAAUUGGGGCUUACCGCUUCUUGCGGAACAGAUCUGCCUGAAUGGGGAUCACGCGAGCAUUGGCGGCAUUCGGAAUUAAUGUUGCCAAUGGCCCCUACCAACUUUGUUCAAUGCUUGGGGAUGUUGGGGAGUCUUCUUUCUGG